AUGGGAAUUACGAAAAAGCCAUUGAAUGCGCCAAAACCUAUUUGCUCUUCUUCCCAAACGAUGAGGUGAUGAACCAGAAUUUGGCCUAUUACACCGCCGUCCUGGGGGAAAACCUGGCGGGACCCAUCCAACCCCGAGAGGAGAUCCAGGCGUACCGCCAACGAAGCCUGAUGGAGAAGGAGCUGCUCUUCUUCAGUUACGACGUCUUCGGCAUCCCCUUCGUGGACCCGGACACGUGGACUCCCGAAGAGGUGAUACCAAAAAGGCUGCGAGAGAAACAAAAGGUGGAGCGGGAGACGGCGGCACGCAUCUCGGAGGAGAUCGGCAACCUCAUGAAGGAGAUCGAGACGCUGGUGGAGGAGAAGGCCAAGGAGUCUGCUGACAUGAGCAAGUUCAUCCGAGAAGGUGGCCCCUUGGUGUACGAAGGAGCCAGCGUCACCAUGAACUCCAAGACCCUGAAUGGCUCCCAGCGCGUCGUGGUGGACGGGGUCCUUUCUGCUGAGGAGUGCCGGGAGCUGCAGAGACUCACCAACGCAGCUGCCUCGGCCGGGGACGGCUAUCGUGGGAAGACAUCUCCUCACACCCCCAGUGAGACCUUCUACGGCGUGACUGUCCUCAAGGCCCUCAAGCUGGGCCAGGAGGGCAAGGUGCCCCUGCAGAGCGCCUACCUCUACUACAACGUGACGGAGAAGGUGCGGCACAUGAUGGAGUCCUACUUCCGCCUGGAGGUCCCGCUCCACUUCUCCUACUCCCACCUGGUGUGCCGCACAGCCAUCGAUGAGAAGCAAGAAGGCCGGAGUGACAACAGCCAUGAGGUGCACGUGGACAACUGCAUCCUCAACGCGGAGGCCCUGGUGUGCGUGAAGGAACCUCCAGCCUACACCUUCCGGGAUUACAGUGCCAUCCUCUACCUCAACGGGGACUUUGAAGGAGGAGCUUUCUACUUCACCGAGCUGGAUGCCAAGACCGAGACCGCGGAGGUUCAGCCGCAGUGCGGCCGCGCCGUGGGCUUCUCCUCCGGCUCGGAGAACCCCCAUGGAGUGAAAGCCGUGACCAAGGGCCAACGCUGCGCCAUCGCGCUCUGGUUCACCCUGGACCCUCGGCACGGCGAGCGGGAGCGUGUGCAGGCGGACGACCUGGUGAAGAUGCUUUUCAGCGCGGAAGAGGGG